AAUACUGGAAUUAUCAGAUGGCGGUUGUUCGAGGAAUUUCUCAAAUAAAUGUGCGUCGUGCGUAUUACGUGAAUGAGAAUCCGUUUUGAAUUUUCACUAGACUAGUGCUCCGUAUGUGGAUUUUCGUGCUGGUAUUCUGAACCUAUACCACAAUGGGAAGUUCGCGCUUAGAAGUGAUUUGGUCACCAUAUCAUACGAAUAAAUUUAUUACUUGGGGAGAUGACAUUUACCUCUACGAAGCUAGAUCAAAUAAAGAACCGGUUAAGCAAAAUGAUAUUGUGAUCUCAGAAAACACAGUAGCUCGAUUACUAGCUACUAAUUCCAAUUAUCGUUACGUUAAAUGCAUCGACGUUUAUCCGAAAUCGGACACAGAUCUUUUGUUAGCUUUGGGCCAAGCUAAUGGCAAAGUUUCCUUAACGACUUUCGGUCCUUCAGUAUUCGAUUCGUUUCGAUUAGCUGGGCUAGAAUUGUGUCCUAGACACGCCAGACAAUGUAACACCGUGAAAUGGAAUCCAAUCGAAACGAAUCUCUUGGCAUCCGGUUACGAAAAACAUCGCAGCGAUCAUUCCAUCUUAAUAUGGGAUGUAAUGAAAGGACCAUCAGAUACACGAAUGUACGGCAGUUACUCUUCUGUGUACGGUGUUCAGAGUACCGAGUUCGUUAAACCAAUCAUGGAAAUAGGUCUUUCAGAUAUGGCUCAUUCGAUAGCGUGGUUUAAUCAAUCGCCUCAUAAAUUAGUCGUCGGUAUUAAUAAUAAGAAUCUGAAAAUCAUAGAUCUCAGAGAAAUCACAAGCGCUGUGUAUUCUCAACCUACCAAAGCUGUUUACGGUGUUGAAGUGGCUCCUUAUGACGAUAAUUAUAUCGUCUCAUUUGGCGAUAAUCAGAUUGCUGUUUGGGAUAGUCGUAAUUUGGAGAAAUCCAUUUUGUUACUAACGCAGAGUAAAAUAGUCUCCAAGGUAUCAUGGUGUCCUACCAGACGCAGUCUAAUCGGUUCUUUACAAAAAGAGAGUUCGGCGAUACAUUUGCACGAUAUACAACAAAGUAUGGAAGAAAAUGAGCCUUCCGUAUUAUGGCGUAGUAUUCAACCGGGUCAAAAUGUACCUUUGACUUCGUUCUCUUGGCACCCGAAAAACGAAAAUAGAUUGAUCGCCAUUUCUCUCGUAGGAGCCAUUACCGAUUACACAGUUUUCGAAAGAAUGACUUUAAAUUGGUCUCCGAGCACGCACAUUGUGUGGACUUACGGUCGUCGUCAUUUGAAACUGAUUAGCGAUCAAGAUAGAAUAUAUGCGAAUAUACAUGAUUUAACACCAAAGAUAAAGAGAAGAGCUAUCGCGGAAUAUGGUCUGAAGGAACUUUGGAUGAACACCGAGCUUUGCGAGAGUGAAUGUCUUGCUACAGUGUGGCAAUGGCUAAGUUCCAGUAAAACUUUAGUCGAGGAAGGUAUUAUAAAAUGUAAUCCGUCCAUAAAACAUCCAGGUAUCAGGACUGUAUUGGGUAUCGAUUCCGGUAAAGCAAAUGUACUCAAAUCAGAGCAUGUCUGGACUCAAUGGCACGAUAUCGGUGUUCCUAUAGUCGUAUACAAGAGCCCAGCUCGUGAAAAUGCUUUACAACUUUGCGGUUGGACUUUUUCCAAAGAUUUAUCAACGUUAGAAAGAAUGGAAUUGGACGGUGCUUACGCUCGAGCUGCGGCAAUCGCUAUUUUCAAUUUAAGAUUAAGAUACGCAAUUGAUAUAUUAAACAGAGGAGCUGUCAGACAGCCUCAGUUGGCAGUUAUAGCGAUGGCUUUAUCAGGAUAUACAACGGAUAAAAAAAGUUUAUGGAGAGAACUAUGUCCUACUACAAAGGAACAGCUGUCAGAUCCUUAUUUAAAAGCAGCUUUUGCUUUCUUAGUAGAUCAGUCUAAAACUUUCGAACACGUUUUGUGUGAGACAGAUAUGUUGAUAGAUGAUCGUGUAGCGUUCGCUUGUAUAUUUCUAUCGGAUGCAGAUCUUGUCGAAUAUGUAUGUAAAUUGACCGAUUAUAUUUACGAAACUGGAGAUAUCACAGGAAUCAUACUGACGGGUACAAGCGAAGAAUGUAUCCCUUUACUACAAAAAUACUUAGAUAAAACUGGAGAUGUACAAAGUGUAAGCUUAAUAGCAGUUCGAGGAUUUCAUUCGAAUUUUCUCCACGAAGAUAAUAUUUGCCAGUCGUGGAUUGAAAGUUACCGAAGUCUUCUGGAUGGCUGGCGUCUGUGGAUAGAAAGAGCGAAAUUCGAUAUUGUACUCAAUGCUCAAAAAGUUCCUCCUCAACAAGUAUUUAUCUCGUGUAAUUUUUGUGGCAAAAGUAUUUCGGCGUUUUUACAAGAUAAAAUACGUAAUAAAUCAAAAAUGAUAGGUAUUCAGAAUAACGACGCUUCUAAUUACCAAGGAUUACGUAUGUUGCAUGAUGAAAUAACCUCGUGUCCAAAUUGUCAUAAACCUUUGCCUCGUUGUGCCAUUUGUCUUACCAAUAUGGGAACUCAAAGCACUUACCUAGGACCUGGAAGUAAUGCCCCGACGACUUCCAUUAAAUCGUGUGAAUUUUCUUCUUGGUUUACUUGGUGUCAGACUUGUAGACAUGGAGGGCAUGCUGAUCAUCUUUCAGAAUGGUUCAAAGAACACACCGAGUGUCCUGUUAGCGGAUGUGUUUGUAAAUGUUUAUCGUUGGAUGAUAUUUGACGAAGUAUUUGAUUGGAUAUCGUAAUAAUUUAUAUGAACUGUGAUAUCAAAAGAGAAUUUUUUUUGUA